AGCUCUCGGCUCGAGAGCGGCGGGUUGUAACUCUUCUCUUCUGGGGCCAUGCCCGGCAUGCCCCACAGGAAGCCUCGCCGAAUGGUGUGGCGCCAGAAGCGGCAAUACGGCGAGAUCUACUAUGCCGACGGGGACAUCUACGUCGGCGAGUACAUCCUGAACAAGAAGGGUCAAAAAGUCCGCGAUGGCUGGGGAGUCGACAUCACGUCACAGGGUGAGCGUUAUGAAGGGGAGUGGUGUCACGACCUUCGCCAUGGCCUGGGCAUCUUGACCCUCGCGAAUACCCAGCGAGCUCCGUGCUUGCAGCUCUCAGAAAGAGAUCGAAGGCUUGAAAACGAGCUGCGGAGCAAUUAUCGCGAGAACUUCAUCGUGGCAGAGCGCUUUUCUGGAGUUUUCUUGCGAGGCUUCCGCAAAAAGGGGGUCAGCGCCACCAAUUGCGGCAUGCUUGUCCAGGAGGAGUGGUACGUCAAAGACGGCCUGUCAUACCUGCUCGACCGCGUGCCCCUUUUUCUUGCCUCUGGAUUGUUCAACCCGGAGGCGGCACCAACCGCGGCACCAACCGCGGCACAAACUGCGGCACAGACCGAGGAGGAGAGCGCCCUCGAGGAAGAGCGACGCUUAAACGAGCGAAUUCGAAAGAUCAAGAUGUCCAGAGUGACGUCGAUGCCACGAUGGUCCAUUAGUGAGGUGCAGCACCUGUGUGCGUGCAUGGGUAUGGGUCUGGCCAUGCUGUGCCGCAUUGAGAUACAGAGGAUCCACGGGAACGGGCUCCUGGAACUAGCGUCGACUGAUGCUAGGGGCCUGGUGCAGGAGCUCUUUCCGGAGGAAUCCAAGAAGAGUUGCGGCAGCCUGCCUCACUUCCCUGGGUGCAGCGCCAGGCAUCGGCUGCUCGUGGUGAAUGUGGACUUUUUUCGACGAGCUCUGCACAAGGCAUCAGAGCCUCGUCUCAGCGAAGCGGAGCUACGGAGAGACUUCGAGGAGAUGGAGAUCCAACGAGAAAAGCUCGACUUGAAAGACUACGUGGGAGAGGGCGGCUUCGGACGAGUCUAUUGCGGGAUCACCAAGAACAUGUACAUUGCCGCCAAGUCCGUCGAGCACCGGGAGAAGAAGAGUGACGGCCAGCCGGAGAUCUCGGAUUCGAGGAAGGUGCCGCACUCUUUCUACGUGGAGUUGGUGAUUUUGCGGCGCCUGCGGCACCCCAACAUCCCGGUGCUGCUGGGGGUGAACCUCGCGGAGAACAUCAUCGUCAUGGAGCUCGUUCCCGGGCUCUCCUUGUACGACCUCCUCCACUCGAGGAAGCGGCGCUCCUUCCUCUCCCUGUACCGGAAGUGCGACUUCAGGUACCAAGAUGUGCUCCACGUGGCACGGGAGGUGUGCAGCGGCAUGGCCUAUGUGCAUGCGCACAACGUGGUUCACUGCGACAUAAAGACGAUGAACGUGCUGGUUGCCAAUCAUGAGCCUGCCAAAGAUGCAGUGACUUGCUGGGGCACCUGGAGCGCCAACCAGCACCACUCCUACUUCCCCCUGGACGUCAAGAUCUGCGACUUUGGCCUGGCUCAGCAUUUGGACAAUCCCGCGGACCCGGCGUCCACCCUUGUCUUACCGGACGAGGAAGGAGAUUUCUACCGCAAGACGGUCCACGCCGGGUGCCUGGGCACGUAUCAGUACAUGGCGCCAGAGGUGCUGAGGUGCGAGGGCUACAGCAAGGCCUCGGACGUCUACUCCUUCGGCAUGGUGCUGUGGGAGAUGAUUGCGAAGCAGAUCCCCUUCCAGGAGUACACGGCUUUUCAGACGAUGGCCUCCGUGGGCUAUGGGCGGCAGAUUCCGCAGCCGCCUGACCCUUGCCCGGCGUCGCUGCGGCAGCUGCUCUACUCGGCGCUGCGGAUGGAGCCGGCAGAUCGCACGCCCUUCCUCGACCUGGCCAUGACUUGCAGCAAGCUACAAUCCUCCAGGGCGUGCGAGAUGGAGUCCUAUUGGUACUGGCUGGCCAUGGUGUGAUGUCCAUACUUGGUGGCUCCCAUCCAUCCCCUUAGCUUUUGAGCUG